UGUAAAAGAAAAAAAAAAAAAAAGAGAGAGAGAAGGAAAAUGCAUAUAGGUAACACAGAACAGAACAGAACAGAAGGAUAACAAGACAGAAAAUACGAUACCCAAUCGGUUGAUAUGUGAUAUCAGUGUAGUUCCCAAUCCUCACCUUCCCUGGCUUGGCUUGCUCACCAAAUUUGUUGUCCUUUUAUUGUUAGAACUUUCCUCUUAUCUGAAAAAGAGAAGUGUCAGUGCACAAAGACAUACAGAACAGAACCUGAGAAACAGACCCUCUCAAACCGGAAAGCGCAAAUGAAGCCCAUUCCAUGCCUAGUUAGCUAUCUUACAUUAAAUGUUCAUCAUAGCAUUCGCAUACUUCUGCUAAUCGCUAUCUGUCUCUUCACCUCUUCCUCCGCUUCCAAGAUCGGAGAAACUUGCGGGUCAGACAACAAAUGCGACGCUGGACUCAGCUGCCAAACAUGUCCUGCCAAUGGGAAUACCCGAACCAGAUGUUCGCGGAUACAACCAUUGAGCCCCACCUCUAGGGUGAAAGGCUUACCGUUUAACCGCUAUUCAUGGCUCACGACUCACAACUCUUAUGCUCUGGCCGGAGCCAGAUCCGCCACCGGAUCUGUCCUUGUAGCCCCUAUGAACCAGGAAGACACAGUUGCUGAACAACUCAAGAACGGAGUUAGAGGAUUUAUGUUGGAUAUGUAUGAUUUUCAAAAGGACAUCUGGUUGUGCCACUCCUUCCAAAGCAAAUGUUUCAACUUCACUGCAUUUCAACCCGCCAUAAACGUGCUUAAAGACAUGCGGACAUUUCUAGAUGGAAAUCCAUCAGAAAUUAUCACGAUCUUCAUUGAGGACUAUGUCACAGCUCCUCAGGGCCUAACAAAGGUGUUCAAAGAUUCAGGGCUGAGCAAGUACAUAUUCCCGGUGUCUCGCAUGCCCAAGAAUGGUGGAGAUUGGCCAACCGUCGAUGACAUGGUUCAGAAGAAUCAGCGCCUAGUCGUCUUCACCUCCAAAUCUGCCAAGGAAGCUUCUGAGAACAUUGCUUAUCAGUGGACAUACGUUGUAGAAAACCAAUAUGGAGAUGAUGGCAUGAAAGCUGGUUCUUGUCCAAGCCGUGCAGAAUCACCCGCAAUGAACACAGAGUCUAGAUCAUUGGUUCUGGUCAACUACUUUCAUUCUGCUCCAAAUCGAUCUCAGGCCUGCGCUGACAAUUCGGCUCCACUACUUGAUAUGACGAAGACUUGUCAUGAAGCAGCCGGCAAUCGUUGGGCCAAUUUCAUUGCGGUUGAUUAUUACCAAAGGAGUGAUGGCGGAGGAGCACCACUAGCCGUUGAUGAAGCCAACGGUCAUCUCACUUGUGGGUGCGACAACAUAGCCUAUUGCAAGGAAAACGCUAAGUUUGGCACUUGUGAUGUCCCUCCCAUUUCUCCACCUCCACCUGCUACAGAAACCCUCUCCUCCGGAAACCAGCAGACCCAAAAUGAUAAUCACACAAACAAUGCUUAUAUUGGUAGAACGGCCAAGCUGAUGCAAUCGGUUGUUGGAAUUUUGGCUACGACAACUUUCUUGGCAUGGUUAUAGAAUGCCAUUAGUUUGGGGGAGUUUAUAAUCAUUGAAAAUAUGUAUGCAUGUAUGUUGUAAACAUAGAGUUUACUCAGUUUAGAAUUUAGAUGGUUCAGCCAAUUUGAUUCCGUGAAUUGUAUGGAAUCUGAGUCAUUUUUCAUCCCACGGCACACUUUAUGGCUGUAUUGUGACUUAGUUUGUUUAAUGAUUGAAAGAACUUAUGAAAUACUUAUCUCAUGAAAGAACUCCUUUCUAUAACA